AUGCAAACUGCGGCCACGGCAGUUAACAGCAGCAUAAACAGCAGUGGCACCAACGCAACACCGACCGUUACCAGCGGUGCAAGCAAUAGUAGUGGAGUGCAUACGAAAACGAAAGAGAUGUUUAUUUUAAGGGCAUUGGAAAAAAUCCUCAGCGACAAGGACAUCAAACGGUCGCACCAUCUUCAGCUGAAACGUGCCUGCGAUGUGGCACUUGAGGAUAUUAAAGAGGAGCUCAAACAGGCAGGCCAUACGGAACCGAAUGGCGAAGCACCGGUUCCGUCGGCGGCACUACCGCUGCCGAAAAAUGAUUCCGGCAAUAUUAUUAACGCCGAAAAGUACUUCCUGCCCUUCGAGUUGGCUUGUCAGAGUCGGACACCGCGCAUCGUUGUGACGGCACUCGAUUGUCUGCAGAAGCUGAUCGCCUACGGUCAUCUGACGGGCAACAUUCCCGAUUCAUCAAACCCGGGCAAAUUCCUCAUCGAUCGGAUCGUUACGACGAUCUGCAACUGUUUUAUGGGCCCCCAGACGGACGAGGGCGUUCAGUUGCAGAUCAUCAAGGCGUUACUCACCGUCGUAACGUCGCAGCAUGUCGAGGUGCACGAGGGAACGGUGCUGCAGGGUGUGCGAACUUGCUACGACAUCUAUUUGUCGAGCAAAAACCUUAUCAACCAAACGACGGCCCGCGCCACACUUACACAGAUGUUGAAUGUCAUUUUCACGAGAAUGGAAAAUCAAGCAUUCGAAACCGUAGCAGCAGCAACGGCACUGGCUGGAGUGACUAGUCCCAAUGGGGCCGCUGGAGGCACGCCAGCAACUCCGUCGAGCAGCAGUACUACCGCAGCAGAGGAAUCUCCCUCGCCACCGAAACCGGAGCUGAUGGUGGCCGAAGAAAAACAUCCGGACUAUGAUGAGAUUCGCGCGAUUGUGGAAGAGAUUAUCGACAACGUUAUCGAGCAAGCGCAAGCACAAGCCACUGCUAACGCGUCUCAGGUCGCCGCCGCCCAGGAUCCGGUGGGCUGUAAUGAAGCCAGUGAAACGACCAGUAUCGGUGGGAUUUCCAUCGGUGGAAUUACGGACACAGCAUCGAUCGCACGCGUUCCUUCGCAGGAGAGUAUGGAAGUCACGAGUGAAAACGAUAGCAUCGUAACGGCAAAAUUUACCCACAUUCUGCAAAAGGACGCAUUUCUCGUGUUCCGUGCCCUGUGCAAACUGUCCAUGAAACCCCUUCCCGACGGUCAUCCCGAUCCGAAAUCACACGAGCUGCGCUCGAAGAUUCUCUCCCUGCAUCUGCUACUGUCGAUCCUCCAGAACGCUGGCCCCGUGUUUCGCUCGAACGAGAUGUUCAUCAUGGCCAUUAAACAGUACCUGUGCGUGGCCCUGUCGAAGAACGGGGGCAGCGCCGUACCGGAAGUGUUCGAGCUUUCGCUUUCCAUCUUCGUGGCGCUGCUGUCGAACUUUAAGACCCACCUGAAAAAGCAGAUCGAAGUGUUCUUCAAGGAAAUCUUUCUCAACAUCCUCGAGGCGCCCAGUUCCUCGUUCGAGCACAAGUGGAUGGUCAUCCAAGCACUGACCCGCAUCUGCGCCGACGCUCAGAGCGUGGUGGACAUUUACGUUAACUAUGAUUGUGAUUUUUCCGCAGCGAACCUCUUCGAGCGGCUCGUGAACGAUCUGUCCAAAAUUGGCCAAGGGCGCCAAGCGCUGGAGCUGGGAACGUCGGUAAAUCAAGAAAAAUCGAUGCGUAUCCGUGGGCUGGAGUGUUUGGUGUCGAUACUGAAGUGUAUGGUCGAGUGGAGCAAAGACCUGUACGUGAAUCCGAACUCGCAAACGUCGCUCGGUGAUCCUCCGACUGCGGCGGCGCCAAUGACGACGGUAGUGAAGGGCCAAAGCAUGAGCGUCAGUAGGACGCUGGACGAUAUUCAAAAAGAUGCCGCUGGUUGCCGAUCGACGGAGCUGAAGUCACACGGGGGUUCGAGUGUUAGUAUCAACUCCGUCGAAAGCACCAACACUUCUGGUGGUGGUGGUGGUGGUGGCGGUGGAAACGGUGGCGCAGGUGGUGGCAAUCGGGAAGUGCUUGAUCUACCGGGCGAGCUGGAGGAGCGCAAGCAGCGCAAGGAAGUGAUGGAAAUGGGGAUCGAAAUGUUCAACCGAAAGCCGAAGAAGGGUAUCGGGUUUCUGCAGGAGCGGGGACUGCUCGGGAUGAGCGUGGAAGAUGUGGCCCACUGGCUGCACGAGGAUGAGCGGCUCGACAAGACCCAGAUUGGCGACUAUCUCGGUGAGAACGAUGAACGGAGUAAGGCGGUCAUGUGUGCGUACAUCGAUGCGAUGAACUUUGCCGAGUUGGACAUCGUGGCCGCGCUGCGUCACUUUCUGGAGCAAUUUCGGCUACCGGGAGAGGCGCAGAAGAUCGAUCGUUUGAUGGAAAAGUUCGCCUCCCGGUACUGCGACUGCAACCCAAACAAUUCGCUCUUUGCGAGCGCCGACACCGUGUACGUGCUCGCGUUCUCCGUAAUCAUGCUGACAACCGAUCUGCACUCGCCACAGGUGAAGCACAAGAUGACGAAGGAACAGUACAUCAGCAUGAACCGUGGCAUCAGCGACAACAAGGAUCUGCCGGAGGAGUACCUGUCGCAGAUCUACGAUGAGAUUGCGGGGCACGAAAUUAAGAUGAAGAAUACGGUCGCAAGCAAACCUUCCGGCAAGCAGAUUAUUGUGAACGAAAAGAAGCGUAAGCUGCUGUGGAACCUGGAGAUGGAAUCGCUUUCGACCACGGCGAAAAACCUGAUGGAAUCGGUUUCGCAUGUGAAGGCUUCGUUCACGUCGGCCAAGCAUCUGGAGCAUGUGCGUCCGAUGUUCAAAAUGGCGUGGACCUCCUUUUUGGCAGCAUUUUCCGUGGGUCUGCAAGACUGUGACGAUCCGGAGAUCGCCAGCCUGUGCCUGGACGGUAUCCGGUGCGCCGUGCGCAUUGCGUGCAUCUUUCACAUGAGUCUCGAGCGGGACGCGUACGUACAGGCGUUGGCGCGCUUCACGCUGCUGACCGCCAAUUCGCCGAUCAACGAAAUGAAGGCGAAAAAUAUCGACACCAUCAAGACGCUCAUCAUGGUGGCCCAUACCGACGGGAACUACCUGGGGUCCAGUUGGCUCGACAUCGUAAAGUGCAUUUCGCACCUCGAGCUAGCGCAACUGAUCGGGACCGGCGUGCGACCAGAGUUUCUUUCCGGCCCCGCUUCCCACCGUGACACACUGGAUCCGUCGGCCAAGGAGCAUAUCGGCGAAACGAGCUCCCAGAGUAUCGUCGUAGCGGUCGAUCGUAUCUUUACCGGUUCGAUACGGCUCGACGGAGACGCGAUCGUCGACUUUGUGAAGGCGCUCUGCCAGGUGUCCCUGGACGAGUUGACGCGCCCGCAGCCCCGUAUGUUUUCGCUGCAGAAGAUUGUGGAAAUUUCGUACUACAACAUGGGCCGCAUCCGGUUGCAGUGGUCGCGCAUCUGGCAAAUUCUGGGCGAGCACUUUAAUGCCGUCGGGUGCAACACGAACGAGGAGAUAGCGUUCUUCGCACUCGAUUCCCUGCGCCAGCUGUCGAUGAAGUUCAUCGAGAAGGGCGAGUUUACGAACUUCCGCUUCCAGAAGGACUUCUUGCGCCCGUUCGAGCACAUUAUGAAGAAGAACAAUUCGCCGGCGAUCCGUGACAUGGUGGUGCGGUGCGUCGCCCAGAUGGUCAACUCGCAGGCCCACAACAUCAAGUCGGGUUGGAAGAACAUUUUUUCCGUCUUUCACCUGGCGGCCGGUGAUCAUGAUGAGGCGAUCGUCGAACUGGCGUUCCUUACCACGGGCAAGAUCAUUAGCGAGUUGUACCGGACGCAGUUCCACAUCAUGAUCGACUCGUUCCAGGAUGCCGUCAAGUGCCUGUCGGAGUUUGCGUGCAACGCGCGCUUUCCCGACACGAGCAUGGAAGCGAUCCGGUUGGUGCGCACGUGUGCGCUGUGCGUUAACGAUGCGCCCAAUCUGUUUGCCGAGCACGCCGGCAUGGAGAAUGACGUAUCGGUGCCGGAGGAGGAUCGAGUUUGGGUGCGCGGCUGGUUCCCGAUGCUGUUCUCGCUGUCGUGCGUUGUCAAUCGGUGUAAGCUGGACGUACGAACCCGGGGGCUCACGGUGCUGUUUGAGAUUGUUAAAACACACGGUGACGCUUACCGGCCCAACUGGUGGCGCGAUCUGUUCAACGUGCUGUUCCGCAUCUUCGACAACAUGAAGCUGCCCGAGCAUCACACGGAAAAGGCGGAAUGGAUGACGACGACGUGCAAUCACGCCCUGUACGCGAUCAUCGAUGUUUUCACGCAGUACUUUGACGUCCUCGGGCCGAUGCUGUUGGCCGACCUGUACUGCCAACUGCACUGGUGUGUGCAGCAGAACAACGAACAGUUGGCUCGGUCGGGCACAAACUGCCUGGAGAAUUUGGUCAUCUCGAAUGGGCUCAAGUUCGGUGAGGAUACGUGGGAUAAAACGUGUCAGUGUAUGUUGGACAUUUUCAACAGUACGCUACCGAACGAGCUGCUGACGUGGAAACCGGAUCCAUUGCCACAGUCACAUCCGAUUGCUGCGGUGGCUGCGUCAACGACCGGAGCGCGGCACGAGAAUGGAGAUCUUCCCCGGCACGGUAUUCUGAAGCGCAGUGGCUCACAGCACACGAUACACGGCCAGCCGGCCGGCGAUCAUUCGGGAUCUCCCUCGAACGAACCGCCAUCCGGGAUCACGAACACGUCGGUGCUGUUCGCUAACUUGCUCAUCAAGUGUGUCGUGCAGCUUGAGUUGAUCCAAACGAUCGACAACAUCGUCUUCUUUCCGGCAACCUCGCGGAAAGAGGAUGCCGAAACGUUGGCACUGGCCACGGCCGAACUUACGUCGGCGUCCGUUCCAACACACAACCAUUACAAUGGCAAUGGGCACACGGCAAACUACCGCCACUCGCUGUCGAGCGCUGAGCUGGAGUGCCAGCGAGAGGAGCAGGGAAUGUACAGCUAUCUAAACACUCCGCACCUGUUGCAACUGGUCGACUGUUUGCUGCAGAGCCACCGGUUUGCGAAGCGGUUCAACUCCAACAACGACCAGCGGACGGUGCUGUGGAAGGCGGGCUUCAAGGGUUCGCUGAGACCGAAUCUGUUGAAACAGGAAACGCAAUCCCUGGCGUGCGUCCUGCGGAUACUGUUCAAAAUGUACUGUGAUGAAAACCGGCGGCGCGACUGGGAGGACAUCGAGCAGCAACUGAUCGGCGUGUGUACCGAGGCGCUGGAUUACUUUCUAUCGUUGACCAGUGAACCGCAUCGCGAUGCGUGGACAUCGCUGUUACUGCUGGUGAUGACGCGUCUGCUGAAGAUGCCGGACGCAAGGUUUGCCGCUCACAUUGCCAGUUACUAUGUGUUUCUGUGCGAUUUGACCUGCGUCGACCUGAAACCGGAACUGCGGACCGUACUUCGGCGCGUUUUUCUACGCAUCAGUCCGGUGUUUGGAAUCUCGAGUGCCACCCAAGGCGGUUCUGCUGCGGCUGCUGCUUCCGCUGGCACCACGGGUUCGCUUGCAGCUACCUAGUAUCGGCGAAAC